CUUCUUCUUCUUCUUCACUCAAACAGCAGCUAAUUAACAUGAAUCACUCCAAGCAUAACCAUGAUCGGAUCGUCGUUUCUCUCUCCCUGUCGUUUCUACUCCUCCUAUGGCCAGCGAUUCCCCUCGCCAGAGCUCAGCCGACGGCCCCCAGUACCCCCACAGAUCAGUACAACUACAGCUUCAGCCCUUCCAUGGCGAUCAUCGUCGUCGUCCUAGUCUCCGCGCUCUUCUUCAUGGGCUUCUUCUCCAUCUACAUCCGCCACUGCUCCGACGGCACUCAGAACUCCGUUGGCGUCGGCGCAGUAAACGGCGGCGUUGGCCGGUCGCGGAGGGCGGCGCGAGGGCUCGACGCGGCGGUGAUCGAGAGUUUCCCGACGUUUACUUACUCCGCGGUUAAGGGUUUGAAGAUCGGGAAGGGCGCGCUGGAGUGCGCCGUCUGUUUGUGCGAGUUCGAGGACGACGAAACGCUGCGUUUGAUCCCCAAGUGCGAUCACGUUUUCCACAUGGAGUGUGUCGACACGUGGCUCGAAUCCCACACCACCUGCCCGGUCUGCCGGGCCAAUUUAGUUCCCGAACCUGGCGAGUCGCUCCACCGGCCUGAGUUGUCCGAUAUCGAAGCUCAAAACGACGCCGUUGCACCCGAACCGGAAUUGGAACAGCAAGUCGGAGAGGAGCGGGAACAAUCGGAGGCUAUGGCGGCGCCAGAACAGGAGGUUUUGGAGUUGAACAAGACUUUGAACCGGAACCGGACGCGUGGGUCCCGGUCGAGCCGGAUGAGGAGGCUUUUCCCGCGGUCGCACUCGACCGGGCAUUCCUUGGUUCAACCGGGAGAGGACACGGAGCGG